UUAUUCUCAAUCCUUCAUUCAGUCAAAAUGGGGAUCACAACUGUUACUUCGUUCUUGGCCUUGGCGAUUUUUGCUCAUUCUUAUGAAUUUGCGGUGCCGAUGCCAAGGCCUGCAAGACCCACAAAUAUGGCAGUCGCGCCGCCCGGCUCCGGUCUCCGUACUGACACCUUGUAUCAUACUACACGAUCAGUACCUCGAAACAUUUUUUACAAAAUAAAUGGUCACUUCAAGCCAAUAGGCGUUGAUAUAGGUGUAGCAGCUUUUGAUGAUAUCAUCUUUGGAGUAGUCGCUGAUGGUAAAAUCUGUCCAAUAUACAUGUUUAAGAAUAGUUACCAAGGGGUAAUAUUAGAAGAAACUGAAAAGGGUGGCUUCAAUUACUAUCCAAUUACCGAAGAACAACAACGAGCAUUGAAUGUGUACAAACCUAUCAAAUUUGAAGAUAUGAGUCAUUCUGCACAAUUUGCACAUAUACUUAAGGAAGCCGAAGACUUCGAAAACGAAAAGCAACACUCUCUAAAGAAAGCCGAAACAGUGAGAAACCAUCACAAACAGCUGAUGGAGGAAGCCGAAAAAUUGAGAAAACGUCACGAACAGUUGUUUCGGGAAGCCGAGCAACUAAGAAAAGAAAACGAACGCUUGUUUGAGGAAGCCGAAAACUUGAGGAAUAAACGCAGGCGAACAGAGUAAUGGAUUCAAAAUAUUUACAUUGGAUUUGAUGUAAUUGCUUUUGAUUUUAUUAUUA